AUGUUUGCAGGUGCUGAAGGUGCCGUAGGUGCUCAUAGUGAAAUGCAGUAUAGGUGCUGAACAGGUGCUGUAGGUGCUGGCAGGUGCUGUAGGUGCUGUAGGUGCUGGUAGGUGCCGGUAGGUACUGGUAGGUACUGGUAGGUACUGGUAGGUACUGGUACACUCUAAAAAAAAAAGGUUUCCUCGGAAACCGAUACCCCUUCGG